AUGCUCGCCGAAGACUUUUUCACGGCCGUCAACGGCCCACCGCUGGCCAGCAACACGGCCAUAGCCAAGGACGUGGCGGUCUACCACCAGACGCUCAGCCCGAGUUACGGCGUGCGGACAACGUUUCGGAAGAGCGCAACACCGGUGGGCGGUCUCGCCGUCAGUCCUGCACACAUCUUUGCGGCCCAGCAAGACCGCGCGUAUCUGCACGUGUAUUCACGGCUGCGCGGAGGCCAGGAGGCGGCGGUACCGAUGCCCGAGAAGAUUCGGUGUCUGGCCCUCGCUGGUGACGUUCUCAUUGCUGGAACUGCUGAAGGACGACUGCUCCUCUGGGAGACUCUCUCUGGCCGUCUCAUCACAACUCCUCCCUGCCACGUCCAGGCCGUCUCCUGCCUCCAGACGACGUCCCACCACGUGCUCUCUGGCUCGGAUGACUCCAACGUGCACGUCUGGUCUCUCUCGCAGCUGCUAGCUCUAGGUGGCGCUGGGGGUGCGUCUUCCAACGGGACGUCCAGCUCCGACGACCCAGAGCCCGAGCACACGCUGGCCCGCCAUCGGGCUGCCGUGACUGCGCUCGUGGUUGGGUCUUCAGCCAGCCGUGACACCAGUCUCUGUGCGUCUGCCAGCCGUGACAAGACGGUUGUGCUGUGGAACUACCAGACCGGCGUGGCUCUGCGCACGCUCCUCUUUGCGGCCGUGCCCACGUGUCUGGCCCUGGAUCCCGUUGCUCGUGCGUUGUACGUUGCCACCGACGACAGCACCAUUAGCAGCGCUGCUGCUGCUGCCAGCUCUGCCAAUACGGCUGUUACGGCCGCUACGGCCGGCCACAUCUUUGCACUCGAGCUCUUUGGCGACAAGCCGCUGCUGGGCGCUCGCGGCGCCGAGGCUGCAUCGACGGCUGCGUCCAUCACAAAGUCCUUCGGUGCUGUGCCUGAAGAGGCCGGCCCGGCCAACUGCCUCUCCUUGAGCUACGACGGAGCCACUUUGCUGUCGGGCCACCCGCGCGGUCGCCUAUUGCAGUGGAACCUCGGCGAUGGCGCCAGCAGCAAUGGCGCCGGCUCCACGGCUCUCCCGGUUGAGCUGGCCAACCUCAACGCGGCCAUUACGAAUGUGGUGUUUGUGGCGCCUGCAGCCCUGACGGCACGCGUGGUGCCCCGCAAACUGAUCUCUGCGCAGACGGUGGUCAAGCCGUCCCAGGCUGGCCGGUCGUAUUCUGUGGCGGUCAAGUUUGACGAGGAGCCGUCGACGGAUUUUGACGCGCUUCUGCACGAGCCGGGCUUCCCGGGGCAGAGUCUGCAAAAGGCAAUUAUGGCGCUACAGCAGUCCGAAUCGCAGGAACAGGUGCAGGAACAGAUGCAGGAACAGCCAGAGCCGGCAAGCGAAGCUGCUUCUAGCGAAGCCGGUGACGCUGCGGGUGACUCAAAGCUCCGGCGACAGAACGCAGAGCUUCUGGAGAUCAUCAACGAGCAGCAGGCGCUCUACCAGCAGGCGCUGCAGCGGUGCGCGGACCUGGAAGCAGCACGGUCUUGA